AUGCGAAUACACCGACAUCUCCGCCCCCUCCUCUCCCCAUUCUCCCUAUCCUCCCCCAUCCACCACAUCUCCCCUACCUCGCGACCAAAAACAAUCCACACCUUCACCCAACGCCUCUUCAAACUUCCCACACCACCCACCCCCACCCCAAACGCCCACACCAACCUCUCAAGCUUCCUCACCUACACCACCCGAACCGCCCUCGCCCCGCACAGCACAACCUACAUCGGCACCCACUACGAAUACACCGUGCAGCAAACCCUCCGCGCCUCCAACUUCACCCUCCACCGCACCGGCGGCCGCGCCGACGCCGGCAUCGACCUCCUCGGCACAUGGCACGUGCCUGGCCGCGAACACCCCGUGCGUACAAUCGUGCAGUGCAAGGCGCUGAAGACGAAACUGGGCCCGAACCUCGUGCGCGAGCUGGAGGGGACGUUUGCGAGUGCGCCGGCUGGGUGGCGCACUGGCGAUGAGGUCGGUGUUUUGGUUAGUCCGCGGGAGGCGACGCGGGGUGUGCGGGAGGCGCUUGCGAGGAGUGCGUUUCCGCUUGUGUGGAUGCUUGUUGGGCGGGAUGGGGUGCUGAGGCAGGCGCUGUGGAAUGGGAGGAAGAAGGAGGGUGGUGCGGCUGUUGGGUUGACGUGGGAUGGGGAGGAGUUGGCGGGGAUGGAUGCUGUGGAGGGGGAGAUGGCCAGCGCGGAGGAGCGGUGGAUGGGGAUGUGGAUGGAUGGGGGAGGGGAGAUGGGUGAUGCGGAGAAGUGGGAGUUGUUGGAGGUGGUGGAAAGACUUUUUCCAGAGGAGAAGCCGCUGCUGCUGGGGACGGGGAAGCGGUGCAGUGCGCUGUCGGAGGAAGAGCGCGCGCGGGUGGUGCAAACCUUGCGGGAGAGGAGGGCGUUGGAGGGGGAGGAGAGAGUGGCUGCUUCGGGGUGA